ACCCUGAGGGCGGAGAGAAAAGAUCGCUGCCGGGGUAGAGAUCCGCGGCGAGCUCCGAGAAGUGCGCGUGCGCACUGACCCCGGCGGGGCCCUAGCAACCAGAGCAGUGACAGUAGCAACCGCCGGAAUGGCAAAAGCAACAACAAUCAAAGAAGCCCUCACCAGAUGGGAAGAAAAAACCAGUCAGAAGCCAUCCGAAGCCAGAGAGAUAAAGCUAUAUGCUCAGAUUCCCCCUAUAGAGAAGAUGGAUGCAUCCUUGUCCACACUUUCUAAUUGCGAGAAGCUUUCACUGUCUACAAACUGCAUUGAAAAAAUUGCAAACCUGAAUGGCUUAAAAAACUUGAGGAUAUUGUCUUUAGGAAGAAAUAACAUAAAGAACUUAAAUGGACUGGAAGCAGUAGGGGAUACGUUAGAAGAACUGUGGAUUUCCUAUAAUUUUAUUGAGAAGUUGAAAGGGAUCCAUGUAAUGAAGAAAUUGAAGAUUCUCUAUAUGUCUAAUAACCUGGUAAAAGACUGGGCUGAGUUUGUGAAGCUGGCAGAACUGCCCUGCCUAGAAGACCUGGUGUUUGUAGGCAAUCCCUUGGAAGAGAAACAUUCUGCUGAGGGGAACUGGAUUGAAGAGGCAACCAAGAGAGUGCCCAAACUGAAAAAGCUAGAUGGUACCCCAGUAAUUAAAGAAGAUGAGGAAGAAGAUAACUAAUACUACUUUUUCCACUUUGUGUUAACUUAUUUAAAUGUCAUAAGAACAAUAGAUAAGUUUUAUAUAGUGGUCUAUUUUAAAGAUUCUGUGUGGGGCAAAUGAUUCUUAAGAUAAAACCAAUCUCUCAUUACUACCUUUUUUUCUCUUAACCUAUUCAGUGUUUCUCCCCCAAAACGGUUACACCAACUUUAUAUAUUCUAGUUCUUUUUUUUUUUUUUAAAUUGUCUUUUUAGGGCUGCACCUGCAGCAUAUGGAGGUUCCCAGGCUAGGGGUCAAAUCGGAGCUGUAGCCACUGGCCUAUGCCAGGGUCACAGCAACAUGGGAUCCGAGCCGUGUUUGCGACCUGCACCUCAGCUCAUGGCAACACCAGAUCCUUAACCCACUGAGUGAGGCCAGGGAUCAAACCCACGUCCUCAUGGAUGCUACUUGGGUUCAUUAACCACUGAGCCAUGUGGGAACUCCUAGUUCUCUUUUUAGAAACUACAAAUUUUCACUUUUUGUCUUCAGUCUCCAUUCCGUACUGCUGUGGCCCCAUCUACUGAAACCUUUAUAGACCAGUCAUUUUUAACAACAAAGGAACAAAUGUGGUUCUUUAUUCUUUGCUUAGGUUUUUUUUUUUUAGGUCAGGCAUUUAAAAAUAUAUACUUAACUUUUAAGUCUGUAGACUCUUUCCUAAAGGUCCAUCUCUUUAUAACACUGAAGCACAAAUGUGUCAUACCUUUGGUUUGGUAAGAGUUCCUCUUAGAAAUAUAGCAGCAGCCCUAGAAUCAAGACUCCAAAGUCCAAUGGAAAAGCUAUAGUGAAAAAUGGAAAAAUGAGUAUCUUGGAGGCCUUAUAGCCUAUGUUAUAUUUAAUUAUGUGUUGUUCCAAAAGUAUGUGCAUUGUCAACUGGAAUUUAGCUGGUGUUUACCUGCAUGGCCACUCAAGUCCUGUGCACAGUCAUCCGGUCAUUCUGUGACCCAGGUCAGUGGUUAAAAUGACUGUCAUGAUCACUCCUUUAACUAAUACUUUGGCCUUAUUACACAUGUGGACCUGAUUUUAGGCACACUUUUUGGUUUAUAGUUCCUUAUAUGUUAUAUAAAGAAAUAUAUAUAAGCAGUAGUUAUAUUUGGAUUCCUAGCUGAAAUAUUGGCCAUUCAUAGUUUUAAAAAUUUGCCCUAAUAACUUGGGUCUGUUGGGUCCCUCAUGUGGGAGAAGUGAUUGUUAUAGGGGUGUAGCACUUAAAGACUGGAUUUGGUAUCUUUCAAUAAGUGAAAUUUAAUAUUAUAUUUUUAGAGAAAUUCUAAGUUAAAAUAGCUCUUUAAAUGCAUUAUAUAAAUGGUUUUAGAGGGAAAAGGAAUGUUUCAUUAUGGAAUCCUAGGCAAACGGCAGUAUUUUGAGGAUUGCCUCUCUGUAAAGCAUUGCAGGUGAUUUAACCUCAAAAUUGCAGAGCGAUAGUUGGAUGCCAAGCUUAGAAUUUAUAAGAAAAAAAUGGUUUUUGGAAAAUGUGAGAUAUGGUAGUCGGGAACUGGAUGUGUAGUCCAUAGCAGGCCAUGGCCAAAUCAGUGAUAGACUGCAAAAGUCAGAGGCCCUCUGCCAAAGUGUGCCUAAUGUCCCUCAACCAGAGACUGCUGAUUCUUAUUUUCCCAUUUCCUUGUAUAAAUCAGUCUAGAGGGGAGAGUUGUUCUUUAAAGGUGUUUGAAUAAGUAGUCCUGGCUUUCAGAUGUUUUCAGCUAUCAUUUAAGUAGAAAUUAUGUGAUUUUUCUCCGAGUUACUCUGAUCAAAAGGGACCACCGCUUUGACAAUCAGUGAUAAAUAAAAGUCUAACAGUUUUUUAGCUUUUAGCUCUUCCUUAUCAUCUGAUAGGAAGAAAUCUUUACUGUCUUAUACAUUCAAAGCCUUUGGGUAUUUCUUUUGUGAACCAUAGGCAAUGAGAAGUUCCCUUGGUGAUGUUUAAGUCCCUUGUUUUAACCAAGAGGGAAGAUGAUCUUCUUUUAUUGUCCUUUGCACUUCAUCUAGUAGGUAAGCUUGAAGCCAUAUUGCUAUGUAUGGAUGUACUUUCUAGAAGUUACUCUGGAAGUGAAUAUAAUAGUGAAUGACUUCAUACUGAAUUUAUUUAUAAAAUGGCUUACAGUAUUGGUGUUUGGUUUUUCUGAAUUCUGUAUAUAGAAACUAAUUUUCUGUUUCUACUUGUUUCUUAAUGUCUUUUAGUCACUGGUAGUUCUCAGAGAAGUGUAAGGUGCUUUUCUGUGUCCAUUUCCCACAAAAUUUAUAACUCCGUUCUAUUCAACAAAUAUUUGAAUGACUUCUGUAUAUCCUUUUCUUGGAACUAAAGUCAAAAUCCACUGACUAGAAAAUGGAAGAUGAGGUAGAUGAAAAAGUUCAGAAUGUUCUCUUGAAUCAUUCUUUAAAUUGUCCUUUAUUGCUGCAAAUUUAGCUGAUAUUAAAUGCCUUUGGUUUAUGCUUCUCGGAUUAGCUAUUUGACCUGCUUGGAAUGGGUUCUCUCUGUGCUCCCUUUUUAAAGCAUUAUGCCAUUCUAGUGGAUCAUUCCGUUUCUUCUACUCUUGUAAUAAUGGAGUCAGUACAUUAUUUUUAUAGGAAAUGUUAUUUUAGCCUACCAAGGAAUUCAACUUUCCCGUGUUCCUUAACUCUAAGCUUAUGGCUGUUAUUACCUAGUCAGGGCUUGAAAGGCUUUUAUGUUCUCUGUUAAUAGGAGUUUGUUCCUUUAAACCAGAGUUUCUCAGCCUUGGCAUUAUUAAUAUUCUCAGCUGGAUAAUGUAGUGGGGGGCUGUCCUGUGUCAUAUAGGAUGUGUAGCAGCACCUCUAGGUUUUACACACUAGAUGCCAGUAGAACCCGCUCCCAAGUCGUGACAACCAGGAGUAUUUUCAGAUAUUGCCAUAUCUCCUCUGGGGCAGAAGGGUAGGAACAAAUUCGCUCCUGGUUAAUACCAGUGCUUUAUAGCGACAUUCCUUUUGUCCAGGGUCCAUUUAUUUUCACUCUGCAGCCGUGUGCUACCUGAGUUGUUAUUUAAGAGAAGAUGGAGUAUUUAAUAAUCAUGGAUGGAAAGAAAUGGUCACAAGUGUUUCCUUUUGUAGUGCUUAUUUUAAUAAUUUUCACAUAACAUUAGAAACUCAGGGCUGGAAGGUUCAAUUUAUGUUUUUCAGCAGUAUCUCAGCUUUGAUUGUUUAGCAUUCUUGCUUAUCUGAGGACAGUAAUUAUUAACCUACCUCUUUCUUACUAUCAACAGAGUCCAACUUUGAUAGAUGUUGCUUUGUCUCUAACAUUUUGAGUGUACUUUAGAAAAUGGAUCAUCAUUCUUUUAAAUGUCUAUUUAAUGUACUCAUUCCUUAUCCAAUAAUGCACAAAGUUUGCAGACUGUAGCAUCACAAAAUACAGAAAAAUAUUGUGUAAAAUUUGGUAAUCAUAUAUGAAAGUAGCUGCUGUAGACACUGACUUUGAAUGUGAUCAGAAGAAUGUCUGGUCAUGGUAACUAGGCAGUAACUUUGGUAUGGGUACUGGACCUGUUCUACAAAUAGAGGUGGUGUAAGGCAGAAAUGUGGUACCUGUGUAGAAAGAGGAAUUUUGACUUGAAUAAAUGCUUCUUCUGAUACCUCUUACCAGUGGUCUGAAGUAGAAUAAGGAAGAGUAAGAAAUAAAUCAACUGUUGACUUACUCUCAGAGUUGGUGAUGUGUAAGUAGAGUUGAAGGUGGUAAUUUAUAUGACCCAGGACUUCCACCUGGAUUUUUCUUAGGACUAAAAGGAAAAAGUAUAGGGCCUUGAAAGGCUGGAAUUAACCAUUACCUUAAAAAAACUGAGAAGUGUCAGAAUAUCAAUCAUGAGUCGUUAGUCUAACUGCAGUCUGUCAGUUCACCAGGACCUUAACAUUUAUAAGUACUGGUAAAGGGAGAAAACUAACUGCUAAACUGAAAGUUAUUCUUUACCAGAAAUUAGUUCCUUGACACACAUUUUAUUUGGGCUGCUUAAUGUGUCUGUAAAGAAUUAAAUAUGAAACAAGAUUCAGUGUAGCAGAGUUGGAACUUCUCAUACAGCUAACUUGACCAUGUUCCUUUAUCUUCACUUGAGCAUGAAAUUUUUUAAACUAUAAAAUAAGUGCAAUAAAAAAAUUAAGGGUAUGCUUUUUAAAAAAAAUCACUGAACUUUUAGAAAUCCCACAUCUAUAUCUCUAUGCUUGCCUUUUUAUAAAGUUAUUGCAAAGUUUACCAGUUACUGCAAAGAAAGAAAACUGAAAGGAAAAAACUAGACGGAAUCUUACCUUUUUCAGACCUAAGAGAAAUUUUCACUAGACACUUGGAGAAGUCAUACGAGAAUUCUAAUUACUUUCCCAUAUUGGGCAGGUUACAGGGGAACUAGCCAACCAAAUGAUGACCUAGCAAAUUUAACAAGGGGGUGGGGGAGAGUAAACUAUUUUUCAGUAGAUUUGCACUUUAAAAUGAACUGGAUGUUGGUGGAAAGUACUCUCAAAGGGCAGAUGGUGAAAUACCUAGCCUGCCUGUGGAUAUUGGCCAAUCAAACCUCAUCUUUGCUCGUUCUAAGCCCACCUGAGCAGUAGUUGUCUCUUGACAUAAUCAGAGUCACGAUUUCCAUGUUUCCGUCCGUGGUGCCGUCUUCCAUGUCUGCCACAUCACGUCAUCCCCUCUAGCAGAUGUGUCAGGUAGAAUUCUCCUACUCAGAAUAGAAACUUUGUGAGUUAUCUUUCCUACAUCUAGAUUUUAAAAAAUUAAUGUAGAUGUUGGCUAGUUUGGCUAAUGUUACAAGAGUGGGAAGUUCUUUGCCUCUGAUCAGCAGGGUUCCUGCCUCUGAGGUGCUAUUGCCUAGAGGGAUCAAUCCUGUCGAAAGACUGGUGAGUUGGUAGCUGUAGAGAAUAUACACAUAGCCGGCUAUGUCUCCCAGGCUGUCAGUCAUGAUCAUGAGCAUCAUUCCAGAAUGUCUGGCUUCCAGCACCAACUCCAUUCUGAAGAACAUUUUAACAUCUAUUAAUACUUUGGUAAUAAUCUUUUAUAUGCAGGAUUUUUGUAGCAUGACUUUAUGACUAAACUUAUUGUGUUAACUUAUUUAGAAAUGUUGAGUUUCUGAGUGUUAUUUUGUCAGAUUUGUUUUAAAAUAGUAAUAAACUGUGUUAUUUUAUAAAAAAUAA